AUGCUGUUUUUUUUUAAAUGGCAACUCUCAAGAAGUGCAAAUAAAGGAAUUGACGGCGGGAAAAUAACAAACAAAAAUGGCAGACUCCUCCGAGAUGAACAAUUUGCUGGAAAAUGUAGAACAACUCAUCAACGACGAAAAUAGGAUUGUUACCUAUGAAUUUCUCAGUCAAACUUGUGGUAUCCAUGUGAACUUGGCAAAGACUGUAUUAGGGAAAUAUGUUGAUAAAUUGAAGAAAAAGGUGCAGGAUUCAUCGUACCAGGUUGUUUACAGCUUGGGAGGAUAUAUUGGUAAAAAUCUGAAAUUUCUCCUGGUCAGGGACAUCAACCUUGAAGAAGCCAAGUCUAAAUUUGAGAAGAUUAUUUCACUUCAUAUUUACAGCAUACAAAAAGGGAAAUUAGAAAAAUUUGGUGUGCUGUACAAUAGCAACAUCACAGAAAUAAAGAAAAGUAUUCAACAGUGUUCUGGCCAAGCUGCCAUCCAAUGUCCAGCAGCAAAAUUGAAGUCUCCUGCAGAGUUAGCUAGCAGUAAUGUCACUGAAGUGCAGAAGAAUCCUGAACCAGUGAAGCCUCCUCCGUCCACUUUAAAGAAAGAAGAAACAAGUUUGGAUUCUACGUCUUUAAAGACAGAAGAUGCUGAACACACAACACAGGGAAAAGCAACAGCUAAGGAAAAGACAUCCAGCAAAUUACCUGCAACAAAAGGUGGAAAACCAGCUAUUGCAGCAUUUUUUGCUACUCAACAGGCUAUUGGAAGGGUUAAUCCAGUCAAAGAGCCAGCAGAGAAAAAGGUGGUUGAUGAAGAACCGAAAAAAUCGGUAACACACAAAAGAUUGAUUCGUCAGUCGAGCGAUGAUGAGAGUGAGAAUGAGAAUAAAGAUACCAAUUCAGAAAAAGUUAAGCCUACUAAACGAUUCAAGCUGGCGGAAGAACCCCUGAAGUCGCAUGAAACUAAAGCUAAAGCAAAGAAAUCUCAGAAAAAGGCUAAACAAUCCAAGUUAUCCGGGAAGACUCAACGUAAAAGAAUCCAACAGAUUUCAGACUCUGAAUCAAACAGCGAUGAGGAAGAAGAAGUUAUUCUUUCCAGUCCUGAGGUGCCACCCCAGAUGCCAGCUCCCAUGUCAGAAGAUGAUGAGGAUGUGCUAAAUGCUACGGUUGUUGAACCCAAGAACAACAAUAAGCGUAGUCGUAAACUGGUGGCAAAAACUUUCAUGGAUAAGGAUGGUUAUGUUGUAACAACUAAAGAGUACGAGACUUGCGAAGAAAAUGAAGCAAACGAAAAUUCUACACCAAAAGCAAAAACUGCAGAAAUUCCUAAGAUUGAAACCAAGCCAUCAGUAAAGCAUCCCUCUCCUCCUGGCAAAACGAAGCAAAAAUCCAUUACAAGUUUUUUUACGCGCAAAUAGUUUACUCUUUUAAAUUCCCCCAGCUGGCUGCGUUUUUGUCAAAUUUAUCAAAUACAUCGUGUA